GAUGUUGAUGGGAAAGAAGACUCGGGAAGCCUAGACAGUUCGGACCAGCCGAAGUUUCGGCGCAACCGCACCACGUUUAGCCCAGAUCAACUGGAAGAGCUUGAGAAGGAGUUUGAGAAGAGUCACUACCCAUGUGUGAGCACGCGCGAGCGCCUGGCCUCCAAGACGAGCCUCUCGGAGGCAAGGGUGCAGGUUUGGUUUUCCAACAGACGAGCCAAGUGGAGACGUCAUCAGAGGAUGAGUCUCCUAAAACAUUCUUCUCCAUCUUCCCCUUCACCACAUCCCUCUCCUCAGCACCCCACACCUCCGUGCUCCCGGCCGCCAGCUCCGGCCUCGCAGCCUCCGCCAGCGGCCGCACCAGUGGCGUCCGCGGGGGCGGCGGCGGGGGCGGCACCGGGCGCGGCGGCGAGCACGCACCUUCCCUCUGCGUUCGGCGGCCGUGGCUCACCGCGCACGGGGGACGCUUCGCCCCCUGGCUCGCCAGCGCAAGCCUCGCACCCUACUACGCAACCGCCGCGGCAACAGCAACUGCAGAUGGGCGGCAAAAAUAGCGCCUUCAAGGCUCUCAAUCGCCGCGCGUUCUCAAACGUCUCUGCCCCCGGCGCUACUGAAGCCACUGGCGCACUCACCUCGGCAUACGGCUACGCGUCCAACGCCUCCUCCGAUUCCGAGGAAAUCAACGUGAACGACCAUUCCGAAGACGAAGACCCCGAUCGAGAGAGUGCCCGGCGUCACCGCUUCUCCAAAGCGAUGCCACCCUACGACAACCCCGUUAACGGCGACGACAUCAGCAAGGAACGUGCCGCGGAACCCGAUGCGUGGGAAGUUAGCCAGCCGCUGCCACUCACCAAAUAUGACCGCGAGCGCAUGUAG